UGAGAGGUGGUGGCGGUGAUCACGCCUCUGAGCACGCCCUCAGCCAAGAAGCGUCGGCGCUGUUCAACAACCUGCGGACGCCUGCAGCACUGGUCGCGAGCGCGCUACUCGCCUCGGCUUUUGCGCUUCGCCCAGACGUCGGCGACGUCCCAAGCCUGACUGCUCUCAAGCGUCUCUAUCUCCUCACCGCUGCUAUCCAGAAGCUCGCGACCCGACCUCCGACUGCAGUGUACGGAGGCGACUCGCAUUCGGUCACCGCGCUGCUUCAUGCGCCGGCGUACGAGAUCUACUGGGUGAGCUGCUCUGUCCAUUUUCUUCUUGGCACGUUUGGGUUGGCAGCGAUGAUUGGGGUGCGAGCUUGGGUGUCCCUUCGUUCGACCGACCGGCUCCUCGGGCAGGCGAUAGCGCUCACCGUCACCUCCUCCCUCCUGCUGAUGAACUCCCUCUUCUCGGACGAGGCGGGUGGCUUCUGCCGCACAACGUGGCGCGGCGGCCAGCCAGCCAAACUGAUCGACUGGGCGUCGGUCUCGCGUCUCUUCCCGAGGUACGUGGCGCUCGUGUGCGGCCGCGCCGCCUCGGGCUCGCUGCUAACCCUCCUCUCCAUCCUCUGCUUCGGACUCGCCGCGACCACGCUCCUACACGACGUGAGGAGAGAAUCGGGGUAUUAGGGUCGUGUAGGGUGCAGGGAGCGCGGGUGUGCAAAAGCUUAGAAUGUCAUUUUGCUACACGA